UGUGUGCACGCACGUGGAGGCAGGCACAGGGGCUUGGCGGUCACGUGGUGUUGGGGUGUCAGGGCAUCUGUUCUUGCCCUCUCAGCCCAGUGACGUGGCUGGAGGUGUCAUUCGGGGGGUGUCUGUUGCCACCCGGGCUGAGGAAGUGGUGGUGAGACACGUCUGUGCCUCUGAUGUGAGAUCUGUUCCCAUGACCAUUAUGAGGAAACUUGCCACAUAGAUCCCUGAGUGUGUUGUUCUAGAAAGUUCCCUAGACAUUCUCAGUGUGAUGCUGCUAUGCUGGGAUGGGUAUCUGAGCUGUGGACACCAUUGGCCGUGGUAGCUGCUUGUGGGGGGGUGGCUGCCGUGAGUUUGGCACAAGGGGCGCCUGUGAGGGUCUGCCUCUCGUGGCCGCUCCCCGAGGGGCUGCGCAGUUACAGGGCCCGCAGGGCAGUUCUGUGAAGACUGGAGCGUCCACCACGGCUGGUGUCCAUUGUGGCCUUGGGUGCGUCAGUGUUCAGAUCAGCGUGUGUCCUGCUCCUGGGGACGUGGAGGCUGCGGGGCCAGCACAUGAUUUGAGGAGAUGGAAACUCGAGAGAAAACAGCCCGUUUAUUAACCAUGUGGAUGUGGAACCGGAGAACUGCUUUGAAGGGAAGAACAUGGCACUUUUUGAGGAGGAAAUGGACAGCAAUCCCAUGGUGUCCUCGUUGCUCAACAAGCUGGCCAACUACACCAACCUGAGCCAGGGCGUGGUGGAGCACGAGGAGGACGAGGACAGCAAGAGGCGAGAGGUCAAGAGCCCGCGCAUGGGCACCUUCAUCGGCGUCUACCUGCCCUGCCUCCAGAACAUCCUCGGCGUGAUCCUCUUUCUGCGCCUGACGUGGAUCGUGGGGGCGGCUGGCGUCCUAGAGUCCUUCCUCAUCGUGUCCAUGUGCUGUACCUGCACGAUGCUGACCGCCAUCUCCAUGAGUGCCAUCGCCACCAACGGUGUGGUCCCAGCUGGCGGCUCCUACUACAUGAUCUCGAGGUCCCUGGGGCCUGAGUUUGGAGGGGCUGUGGGCCUCUGCUUCUAUCUGGGCACGACCUUCGCCGGGGCCAUGUAUAUCCUGGGGACCAUUGAGAUUUUUUUGACCUACAUCUCCCCCAGCGCGGCCAUCAUCCAGGCGGAGACGGUGGGCGACGAGGCCGUGGCCAUGCUGCAUAACAUGCGCGUGUACGGGACGUGCACGCUGGUGCUGAUGGCCAUGGUGGUCUUUGUGGGCGUCAAGUACGUCAACAAGCUGGCCCUGGUGUUCCUGGCCUGCGUGGUGCUGUCCAUCCUUGCCAUCUAUGCCGGCGUCAUCAAGACCGCCUUCGACCCGCCAGACAUCCCGGUCUGUCUGCUGGGGAACCGCACCUUGUCGAGACGCGGCUUUGACGUCUGCGCCAAGGUCCACACCGGCAACAACAGUACGAUGCCCACGGCGCUCUGGGGCCUCUUCUGUAACAGCUCCAUGCCCAACGCCACCUGUGACGAGUACUUUGCCCAGAACAACGUCACGGAGAUCCAGGGCAUCCCUGGCGUGGCCAGCGGCGUCCUCCUGGAUAAUCUGUGGAGCUCGUAUGCAGACAAGGGGGCGUUUGUGGAGAGGAAGGGCACACCGUCGGUGCCUGUGCCCGACGAGAACAGAGCCAGCGGCCUGCCCUACGUCCUCACUGACAUCAUGACCUACUUCACCAUGCUGGUCGGGAUCUACUUCCCCUCUGUGACCGGUAUCAUGGCGGGCUCGAACCGGUCUGGGGACCUCAGGGAUGCCCAGAAGUCCAUCCCCACUGGGACCAUUUUGGCCAUUGUGACGACAUCUUUCAUCUACCUGUCCUGCAUCGUGCUCUUUGGGGCCUGCAUUGAAGGAGUGAUCUUACGAGAUAAGUUUGGGGAGGCCCUGCAGGGGAAGCUGGUCAUCGGCAUGCUGGCCUGGCCGUCCCCCUGGGUCAUCGUCAUCGGCUCCUUCUUCUCCACUUGCGGUGCUGGUCUGCAGAGCCUCACGGGCGCACCACGCCUGCUGCAGGCCAUUGCCCGCGACGGCAUCGUCCCCUUUCUGCAGGUGUUCGGUCACGGGAAGGCCAACGGGGAGCCCACGUGGGCCCUGCUGCUCACGGCCCUCAUCUGUGAGACCGGCAUCCUGAUCGCCUCCCUGGACAGCGUGGCCCCCAUCCUCUCCAUGUUUUUCCUCAUGUGCUACAUGUUCGUGAACCUGGCCUGUGCCGUGCAGACCUUGCUGCGUACCCCCAACUGGCGCCCGCGAUUCAAGUACUACCACUGGGCGCUGUCCUUCCUGGGGAUGAGCCUGUGUCUUGCCCUGAUGUUCAUCUGCUCCUGGUACUACGCCCUGUUUGCGAUGCUCAUCGCCGGCUGCAUCUACAAGUACAUCGAGUACCGCGGAGCCGAGAAGGAGUGGGGUGACGGCAUCAGGGGUCUGUCGCUAAACGCUGCCCGGUUCGCCCUGCUGCGUGUGGAGCACGGCCCCCCCCACACCAAGAACUGGAGGCCGCAGGUGCUGGUGAUGCUGAGCCUGGAUGAGGAGCAGUGUGUGAAGCACCCCCGACUGCUGUCCCUCACCACCCAGCUCAAGGCCGGCAAGGGCCUGACCAUCGUGGGCUCCGUGCUGGAGGGCACCUACCUGGACAAGCACUCGGAGGCCCAGCGGGCCGAGGAGAACAUCCGGGCUCUGAUGAGCGCGGAGAAGACCAAGGGUUUCUGCCAGCUGGUGGUGUCCUCCAACCUGCGCGAUGGCAUGUCCCACCUGAUCCAGUCGGCUGGCCUGGGGGGCAUGAAGCACAACACGGUGCUCAUGGCCUGGCCCGAGUCCUGGAAGAGGGAGGACAACACCUUCUCCUGGAAGAACUUCGUCGAGACCGUCCGAGACACCACGGCGGCGCAGCAGGCCCUGCUGGUGGCCAAGAACGUGGACCUGUUUCCACAAAACCAGGAGCGCUUCAGCGACGGGGACAUCGACGUGUGGUGGGUCGUGCACGACGGGGGCCUGCUCAUGCUGCUGCCUUUCCUGCUGCGGCAGCACAAGGUGUGGAGAAAGUGCCGGAUGCGCAUCUUCACGGUGGCCCAGGUGGACGACAACAGCAUCCAGAUGAAGAAGGACCUUCAGGUGUUCCUGUAUCACCUCCGGAUCAGCGCCCAGGUGGAGGUGGUGGAGAUGGUCGAAAACGACAUCUCGGCGUUCACGUACGAGAAGACGUUGAUGAUGGAGCAGAGAUCCCAGAUGCUGAAGCAGAUGCAGCUGUCCAAGACCGAGCGGGAGAGAGAGGCCCAGCUCAUCCACGACAGGAAUACCGCGUCCCAUUCAGUGGUGGCCACCAGGACCCAAGCCCCACCCACACCGGACAAAGUGCAGAUGACCUGGACCAAGGAGAAGCUGGCCGCCGAGAAGUUUAAGAACAAGGAGCCAGGCGCGUCCGGGUUCAAAGACCUCUUCAGCCUGAAGCCAGAAUGGGGAAGUCUGAACCAGUCCAACGUCCGGCGGAUGCACACGGCCGUGAAGCUUAAUGGUGUCGUCCUCAGCAGGUCCCGGGGGGCUCAGCUGGUCCUGCUGAACAUGCCAGGACCCCCCAAAAACCGGCAGGGGGACGAGAACUACAUGGAGUUCCUGGAGGUCCUGACCGAAGGACUCAACAGGGUCCUCCUGGUCAGGGGCGGCGGCCGGGAGGUGGUCACUAUCUACUCCUGACACGCCGGGCGGGCUGGGAAGUGUGCCCUGUGUGGCUUCAUAUACAAGUUUCCAGAAUGGCCCCACAGCACUCCUCUCCGGGCCAGGAGCCAGCACGCAGCUGCCGAGGUUUCCUCGUUUGGCGGGGAGACGUCGAUGCUCGAGGGGACCUGGACGCAGCCCUCCGUCUCCUGACCUCCUGACGUCCACACUCGGGCUGUGGGCUCCAGACGUGGUUUCCUUGGCCCGAGCUACCUGGUUUCAUGGUUAAGUUUUAGUUCUGCCCCAUCCAAGACGCUCACGGGAAACCUCGCUCGGACAGAAGGUCACCCUUGGGCCACGAAGCAUCUGUUCAGGAAGGUGGCCGAGGGCCUCGGGUCCUUGGUCAGCCUCCUCAGCACCUGUCCCUGUAAUGUCCCUGUUCGUGUUCCUGUAAGUGAAGUCCGAGAAGAGCCGUCCACGCCUACGCCCCAGGCUCAGCCGGGUGGCCUCGCUCGCGAGCCCGCCCAGUGUGUGGGCACAUCUGCCCAGCCUGGGCGUGUCUAGAAAGGGAACCCCGGGGGGCGUGGGGUGGUCGUCUCGGUGGGCAUUCCGGUGGGCUCCAGGCUGGCUUUGCGGCCAGGACGGCAGCGGGGUCCCGCGUGGGCACAGGGCGCGUGAGUGGUAACUAACUGCCGAGGAUUCACCACGUGGUUACCAACCUACACGUGCCCGCCCGUGGACCCGGUUCUCGCCAGGCUCCCAGGAAGGGGCUGGGCUGCAGCUGGGCGAGGUCCUGGGGCGGCGGUGGCACUGGGCCGCGUGUCCCCUCCCACCGGCAUGGAGGGGACAGUGGCGGCGGUGCGUGGGGGCUCCGUGGGCUGCCUUCCGAUGGUCUGUAGGCUUUGCGCUUCACCCUGGUGUCUGUGCUCUAGGUCCCGAUUGUGCCACCGUGGGCUGUUGCCCUGACCCGGGCCUGCUGUCUGUACGGCUUAUUUAUUUAAGCCCCUGGGGAGUUUCAGUGAUAAUUAAGGUGCCCGUGAAGAGAUUGUUUCUGCGAACAGCCCCAAAGGGCCGGGUCCCUGGCUUUCUCUGGCUUCCUUGGACAUCCUGGGAGGUCAGCCAAGUCCACGGAUCUGAAGUCUGGCACAGGCUGAGUGUGUGCGUCCAGACGUCUCCGAGGCGCAGCUGGGCGGCACAGAGGGUCCGCAUCACAUCAGAGUGACCGCUGGCCAGAGCGUGUGCCAAACCACGGCAGCCAGGCUCGGGGCGUCCACACUCUUGCCCGCCGUGGGUCUGCGCCGAGUCAGGUGUCGGGUGGGGGGCGUGCCCAGGGCCCCUUUGCCCACAGGGCACCUGUGAAGCCACAGCGGUGCUCACGCUGGCUGAGGAAGAGCCACCGCGUAGCAGGACCGCCCCCGUGACCCUUAACCCUCGUUCACGCGGUGGCGGUGUUCGCGGCACACUGCGGGUGAGGGUUCGACUGCGCCCACACACCCUUUUCUGCACUGAACUUCGUGGAACCCUAACUGCAGCCACUCUGAGUUGGUUUCGUGUCUCUUUUAUAGCUUCCUUUGUAUGAUUUUGUUGGUAGAAGAAUAAAUUGUAUAAACCCGA